GGCCACGUGACCCGGCGACGUCCAAUCGCGUCCGGAGGAGGUAAAGAGUGGCGCGUUCUCGUGGCGGCUGGGGAGGACAGGCAGUUGUUGAGAGCGCAUCUUGUGUAAAUUAAACAAAUCCAUUUUUGUGCAAAAAAUGUCCGAGGAUAAGCCCAAGGAGGGAGUGAAGACAGAGAAUGACCACAUCAACCUGAAGGUGGCUGGACAGGAUGGCUCUGUGGUCCAGUUUAAAAUCAAGAGGCACACACCGCUCAGCAAGUUAAUGAAAGCGUACUGUGAAAGACAGGGUUUGUCGAUAAGACAGAUUAGGUUUAGGUUUGAUGGACAGCCGAUAAACGAGACGGAUACACCAGCACAGUUGGAGAUGGAAGACGAGGACACUAUCGACGUAUUUCAACAACAAACGGGCGGCCAUCGCUAAAGCCUCUCCUCCACACAGCGGGGUUCUGCCUCGGCUGUUUUAUUUGACUCGAUCCCUGAAAUGUUUAACUGUGCUGUUUAUUUACUCCUUUUUUUGGUCAUGUUGUUUUGGUUGGAUGUCCUCCCUAGUUUUCAUAGGGUUUGGACUCGCAUUCUUUCUUUUUUUUUUUUUGGUCCCUCUCACCCUCUCUGCCAAUAUUUAAAGAUACAUGAGGUAACAUGUGGCUGAGAGGUGAAUCCAAGAUGGCCGCCGUAAGGUUCAAAAUGGCUGCCGCUGUAUGAACAGAAGGCCCUUUUUUCUUGAGAAAGCCAAGCUUGAGUUCUCAGUCCUGAUAAACAAAACGAUCCAUUUCUAUCACCAUUAUCAAUCCUGCCAAAUUACGAGGAUUUCUUUCUUUCUUUAAUUUUUUUUCUGUCUUGUGCAGCUUUAAUUCUAUUUUUAAUCCAUGUCAUGUUAGCGGAAAUGAUGCCCAAGGCAGCCUUAUUUGGUCCAACUGCAGAGAUUAAAGGGAACUUCGAUCUCUUCUCAGACCAAACCCCAGAUAUGUCCCGGAUUAGUCCAGAUUUUUAUUAUAAAGCUCAUAAAAUCCCCGUUUCCGUCCCCCCAUUCCGUCAUCUCUCAUCUUUCAAAGGCAACAAGUCAUCAGUCCGUCAGCUCUGUGACGGAUGUCCGUCACCCCGAAGAGGAAAAGUCUCAUCGGUCCCUCGUAACAGUCCGGCGUCCGUAAGGGUUUGCGACUGAAUCAGCAUCUGUGUAGUCUCAUUAUUUUUUUUUUCUGUACUGAUUUGUACAUUAUUUGUUGUCCUUUACUACUGUAUACAAUAAAUAUAGUUUGGUACUCAGA